CGGGCGGAGAGAGGGUAGUUUGGGAAAGAAUCCGUGGAAUUUGUUUCCUGUGAAAGUUGUCCGGAGCGGAGAGCGGCGCGCGGGGAUGGACACGCUGAGAGCCGCGGAUACAGACAUGCACAGACCGGUUUAACCGCUUUAACCAGGAGAUUCCGGGGGUUUUAUCUCAUUUACAGCGGGAGAAACACCCCGAGAACCCGCGCGGAGCUCCGGAUAAACAGCGCAGACCCCGGGGACCCGGGGCUCCAGGCAUGGCUGAGCCCCUGCUGAAGCGCACCUUCUCCCGGCUGCGGGGGAAAGACCGGACCCGCCGCAAGACCGACCCCAAACUCACCGAUCCAGCAACCAAAACAGAUCCUCUCCACGGUUCUUCAUCAUCAUCAACAUCUCCAGCAUCCACUCCUGCAGCUGCUGCAGACUCUGCAGACCCUUCAGCAGAGUCUGACGUCCCAAGAUACACAAACAUAACCGUCGCCAAAAAACAGAACUGGGCCAAACUCGCUUCCUCUGGGUCGCGGGACCGGGCAGGCCUCGACCAUCUCCCCGGCCUCAGCUCUGUGGCUUCAGAGCGGGACAGCGGCUCAAUCAAGGCCCAGGCUUCAAAACAGGCCUGGAGCCAGAGGACUUUCAGUGAGGACGGGUUGAUAGAGCGAUGGAAAGAUGUGGACAGAGACUUGGGUUACACUAGAGACAGGGAUGACCCCGUCCUGCCCGAGUUAACGCCUCUAUCUGCGGACUUCUCCAUCACCUCCAGCAUCGCUAAGCUCUCCGGGCAGGGGGCCUACCUCCAGCACCUGGAGCGAAGCAGCCGAGCCUGGGUGCUCUCCACAGGAAAACCCCAGGCUCCGGACGAGGCCUACCCGGCCUGCAUCACAGACUGGAGACACCCGGCUGAGGGCGAGAACAACAUCUGGUACAACCCCAUCCCAGAGGAGGAGGACGCUCGGGUCUUUGGGAUGAAGGAACGGGAGGAAGCGAGGUAUCCGUGGAGGAGGAGAGAGAUGGAGAGAAUGCUGGAGGAGAGGAGAGAUAUUUAUCAUCAGGCGUCUCAUACAGAUGAUCACCGUGUGGGAGGAGCACCAGGAGGAGUCUACAGUGCUACAGUCGUUACUGCAGUCAUGACUGAAUGUGCUAGCGGAGCUGCUAGCGGAGCUGCUAGUGGAGCUGCUAGUGGUUCUUCAGGCUCCUCGGAGAGUCCUGGAGCUCUGAAGAAAAGCUCUGGGGGAAGUGGGGGCGGUAGCGGCAGCAGCAUGAUGGACAAGAUCAAAUCCCCCGGAACUGUCCGCCGCCUCUCCAUGAAGAUGCGGAAGCUUCCCGAACUUCGCCGGAAGCUGAGCCUCCGCUCGUCCAGGAACCAGCGGCACGCCGCCAGCGGACAGGGGGGUUCUGGAGGACCUGCCGGGGGCGCCGACGAGGCCUCGCCACCCAAUGCACGCAAGGAGUCCUCCAACAGCGUCAUCAGCAAGUACCACCUGGACUCUAGCGCCCCCGCCAGGCCGAGGCGCAGAUCUUCACGGACACGCUCUGCUAGCAAGGGCGGCUAUCUCAGUGACGGGGACUCGCCCGAGCUCCUGCCCAAGCAGGGUUCAGGACAGGGUUCAGGACAGGGACCACAAGGCUCUCAUGGGUCGCAGGGGUCACUGCCGCCGCCGCCUCUUCCGAAUCACGGCCGGCAGGAUUCUCCGAGCGUGGUGGAUGCGGGGUCUUUCAGACUGUACUCGCUGGCGGAUCAGCCGCGCUGCGCUCAGAGGGUUUCAGGCCUCCUGACUGUUCACCUCCUCGGAGUGGAGGAGCUGGUGCGUUCUCCACGAGGAGACGCCGGAAAAGACGUUUUCUGCGCCAUUCAGGUGGACGGCGUGACCCGUGCCCGCACCGCACUGCUCACUUGCCGAGGGGCGUGUCUUCCUCUAAACCACACCUUUAACUUAGAGCUGGAGAGAGCCAGGAUGCUAAAGCUGGUCGUUCUCACGCCGGCCGUUAAUGCAGCUAAUGAUGGGUCUCCCUCUGCCCCCGGUGGCCAAACACGAAAUCGUGUGUGCUGUCUUGGUGCUGUGGCAAUCCCGCCUCUUUUUAAAGCCUCCCGGAGCCAGCAGCUGUGUGUGAAGCUGGAGCCGAGGGGGCUGCUGUAUGUGAAGCUGACUCUGCUGGAGCAGUGGGAGGCGCCCUCGCCCCGCCUCAGCGAGCUCCCGCCCCCAGCCGUGUUCGGGGUGGAGCUGCGCCGCCUGGUGGAGAAAGAGCAGCACCAGCUCAAAGUUCCUCUGAUCAUCCAGAAGUGUGUGGCCGAGAUCGAAACACGGGGGUUAAAGGUUGUGGGAUUGUAUCGUCUCUGUGGAUCUGCGGCUGUAAAGAAGGAGCUGCGGGAUGCGUUUGAGAAGGACAGUGCUGUCGUCACAUUAAAUGAAGAACUGUACCCAGACAUCAACGUCAUCACAGGCAUUUUGAAGGACUACCUGCGGGAGCUGCCAUCAGCGCUAAUCACGAGGACCCUGUACGAGGUGGUGCUGGAGGCCAUGUGUGUUCGGCCGGCCGGCAGGAACGACAACGACACCCAGAGAUCUCAGAGCACCGUCGCCCUCCUGCACUGCCUGCCUGAACCUGAGAGGGCCACUCUGUCCUUCUUGCUGGAUCACCUGAGUCUGGUGGCCUCCUUCAGUGACUGUAACCUGAUGACGUGUCAGAACCUGGCCGUGUGCUUUGGCCCGGUACUGCUGACCCCCACGCAGGAGUCCUGGAGGGCGGGGUUACCGGGCUCCAGCUCAGAGGGUUUUGGGGGUUCUGGGUCCAGCCAGAGUCGCAGCACCAACCACAGUGCGGAGAUAGCCAGCGCCGUGGACUUCAAGAGACACAUAGAGGCUCUGCACUAUCUACUGCAGCUCUGGCCAAUCCCUACAGGUAGACUGAUGGACCAAUCACCCUACAGUUUUGACGAAUCUCCAGUUCCUCUGCAUCCUCCAUCCCAGAAUCCCCUGCAGCGGCGUGCUCAGCGUGUGCCGCUACGCGUGGAGCUGCCGUUACCGCAGGACGUGGUGGUGGUGUCGCGCCGGGGUCGUGGGCGUCUGGAAAGCCCUCCCUGUAACCGCUACGCCGGGGACUGGAGCGUGUGUGGGCGGGACUUCCUGUCCAACGACGAUGCGGAUUACGACGAGGUGGCCGGCAGUGAGAGCGAUGAAGACGUGGAGGAGGAGGAGGACGAGAAGAAGGAGGAGGAGGUGCACUGGGUCUCCUCCGGCGGUUUAUAUACGGACGACUUCGCUCUGGACUUCGACGCUCCGUUUACCUGCAGGCUGAGUCUGAAAGACUUCGAUAAUCUGAUCUCUGAUCUGGAGAGAGAAUUAGCCAAACAGAUCAAUAUCUGCCUCUGAGCUCCCGUUCACUCUAAACCCUGCAUCUGCUGUGCAUUGCAUUUUUUAUUUGUAGUUUUUGCACUAUAAGGCACAAUUAAAAUCCUUAAAUUUUCCUUAAAAAUCGUCAGAUUGCCUUAUAAUCCGUAUUAAGGAGCAGUAAAGGCGCUCCGCUGAAGUACAGCGUUAUAAAAAGGAGUUUCAGUGAAGUUUCUCCAUCAUCAAGGCUGGAGCAGUAUUAGCAUUAGCCUCUAACUGCAGCGCUAGCUCUUUCACCAUUUAGACGUAUUUAAAGUAUAUCGGACUGUAGCUUGCGUGUUUAACAUGUUAAAACAAGCUACGUGGAACGAACCGCUAGCUGAUAACACCGCUGCUAACUGCAGCUAGCGCUGCUGCUAACCACGCUGUUGAAAAUAUUAGAAAUCUAUCAACCAAAUAAACAGUUUUCAGAAGAAAAAUCUGCAUAGUUUACUGUGCAACACCCUUGUUCCUUACCAGUGUCGCUUAAAAUUCGCUUUAUAAUCUUGUGUGCCUUAUGUAUGAAAACAGACCAGAAAAAUAUACGUUCAUUAAUAGUUACAUUGUGUUGUAAUUAAGAUCUUCCAAAAAAAUAUCUGUACACUAAAAACACUUCUAUUCAGUUCAGAAUGGAAAGCUAAGCUUUGUUAGCUAAGAUCCCGUAUAGAUAAAUUAGUGCCAGUUCGAUCAGUAAAAAGCUUUUAAUCCAAAAUUGUCUCAUGUUUUAGGGAAUGUGUGUUUUUUGCAGGGUGCUCUUCUUGGUAGGCUAGAAUUGGCCCAUCUAGAUGAUUAUCUUAACGUAGCUUAGCUUAUUUUAGCUAACCCAGGCCAAAUUAGCACCCGUUCCACCAGGGUAAUGAUUUUUUUAAAAAGCAUUUAAACACGCUUUAUUUUAGGCUUAUGUUUCUUCAUUUAUGAAAGAGACUAAAAUACUGAAAAAAAAAAAUGAAAUAUUUUACAAUAGUUAAAAAAGUAAAUGUUAAACGUGGAUAUUCAUUGGAAGCGUUCAAUUAUAAUUAGCUUUUUUUAAUGUACAUUGUUGAUAUUAGUAGUAAAUUGAACCACUAUAAGCGAAAUUGGACAUGUUUAUAUUUUUAUUAGUAGUAAAUUGACCCAUUGUAAGUAAAAUUGGAAAUGUUUAUAUUUUUAUUAGUAGUAAAUUGACCCAUUGUAAGUAAAAUUGGAUAUGUUUAUAUUUUUCUCAAACAUGUUGGUGUAUAUUUUUACGACAGUCCAGGUUAAUGCUUUAAAAAAAUUGCUGCGUUUCAAACAGAAUUGAUGUAAAAGUGUAAGUAGUUAAAAGUAGUUGUCAUUAAAUAAAAAAAAUAAAAACAUUAAAUGCACAGCAGAUGCAGGGAAUCCUCCGAGUGAUGAAGUGAAAAAUGAAGAGAAACCCAAAGAGACUUUUUUUUUUUGUUUUGUUUGUUUAUUUGUUUGUUCUGAAGGACGACGAUAAGCAGUAUUUUUCUGCUUUAGUAUAUGUGAAGAUUAUUUAAUAAUAACACCCCAGAGGGUGUGUAUAUUUGGUAACUCCAGCCUGUCUGCAGGUCUAAAUGCAGAUAAAAAAACAACUAAGAUUUUUUUUUUGCUCAGUUUUUUUCAUAAAUUGCCAUAAUUACCUACUGGUCUGGUUCCUCGUUUUGGUUUAAGAGACCCAUCACUGCGAAACAGAACUCGAAUUAUAAUAAUAAUAAUAAUAAUAUAAAAAGUGGCCCAAAUUCAGCUCAAUUGGAAUUCAGUAAAAAACACAGGUCUUAAAAAUUAGAAUAUCAUUGAAAAGUUACUUUAUGUCAGUAAUUCAGUUCAAAAUGUGAAACUCAUAUAUUAUAUAGACGUAUGAAACACAGAGUGAUCUAUUUUAAGUGUUUAUUUCUUUUAUUGGUGAUGAUUAUGGAUUACAGCCAAUGAAAACCCAAACAUCUGUGUCUCAGAAAAUUACAAUAUUAUAUAAGACCAAUUGGUACUUUUGGCAGUAUGGGCAGUGUGCCAAGUCCUGCUGGAAAAUGAAAUCCUGUGUUUUAUUAUCAAGUCUAAAGUCAGUGCAGUUUUUUCCCGCAAAAUCUUACAGCACAACUUUUAUAGAGAUGCUGGAUUUCAUUUUCCAGCAGGAAUUGGCACACUGCCCACACUGCUGCCAAAAGUACCAAUUGGUCUUAAUAUAUAAUAUUCAAAUUUUCUGACAUACUGAUUUUUGUGUUUUCAUCGGCUUAAAAUAGAUCACUCACUGUGUUUAAUACAUCUAUAUAAUAUAUACGAGUUUCACAUUUUGAAGUGAAUUACUGACAUAAAGUAACUUUUCAUUUUUAUUCUCAUUUUUUAAGAUGCACCUGUAUCGGAUUCAGUUUUUGCUGUUCACACUGCCACACGUGUGUAUCACAUAUAUAUCACAAAUAUAUUGGAUUAGGGCCAUUUUUUUUUAUAUCUUUUUGCAAACAAAGACAAUUUAUUUACAUUAAGCUGCAUUAAAUUCCACUGCAGUUGCACACUCUCACCAGAGAGGUCUCCAAAUCCCCCAAAUCUCCCAAAACCACAAAAAACUUACAGACUGUCGCUUUAAUAUCAGGGAAAAUGUGAAUAAUAUACAGAACAGAGCUCAGUACUGAGGGCUGGAGUUUGUUGCCCUGAUUUCGGGGCUCGUGCGCUCGAGUAUUCCUCCCAUUCCCAAGAAUGGUCCCAUCCCAAGGACAUUCCGUUACUGGUCCAGCACCAGCACUUCCAGUUUGCCAGAGAGUCUUAAUGCUGGAGAUGCUUUCCUGCUCUGCUUCUGCUUCAUAAAGCUGCUGCUUUAUUGUGGUGUUGACUCGCUGCCUGCGCCAGACAGGCUGAGUAAUUCCAACCGUGCUGAAGGUAAACAAGCUCAGGUUACGUAAUCUGAGGUCAUACAGCACCAGUGCAACAAAAGUUUGGGCACACCUUAAAUUCAGUUUUUUUUUUUUUAUUAUUUUAAAAAUAUUCUGCAUUGUAGAUAAUUUUAAAGUCAUACAAACUAUGAAUAAAAACAAACCAGAGUAUGUUUUAUACUUUAUUACCUAGAUGACAGCUUUGUACAUCGUCAGUUUUAUGAGGUAGAAUCACCUGGAAUUCAGGCUUUCAGUUAACAGCUGUGCUGAACUCAUCAAGAGUUAAUUACUUGAAUUGAUUGUUUCUUAAAAAGUGUUUAAGAGCAUCAGUUAAAGUAAAGUAGUGAGGAGGUAGAGUUGGGCCCAAUCCCAUUUCACCCCUUGGCCCUACCCCUUCUUUUUGAGUGUGCCCCUUCCAAUUGGAACAGAGUUAGAAGGGUAAGGGGUUAAAACCCUUCAAGCACCCGAUAGAUACGUCAUCAGGAGCGCUUCAGUAAAGUUCAGUAACCUAACUGUUGCUGCAGGUUAACUAGUUAACUUUUUUUUUUAUAUAUAUAAUUUUAUUUCAAAUUUUUCCCUUUUUCUCCCCAAUUUACACGGCCAAUUACCCAACCCACUCAUUAGGACUCCCCCUAUCACUAGUGAUGCCCCAACACACCAGGAGGGUGAAGACCAACAUAUGCUUCCUCUGAUACAUGUGAAGUCAGACUCCGCCUCUUUUUAUUGCCGAGUAGCAUCACAGCGCUAACGCUCGGAGGAAAGUGCAGCGGCUCGGUUCUGAUACAUCAGCUCACAGACGCAGCCCUGUGCUGAUCAACAUCACCCUAGGAGUGAUGUGGGGAGAGAGCGCCAUCUACCCACCCGGAGGGAGCAGGGCCAAUGCUGCAUGAGCGGGUGUUCUAACCUGUGACUUCCGGCUCAUAGUGGCAGCGCUUUAGACCGCUGGACCACUCGGUGCCCUACUAGUUAACUUGAGGGUGUAUUUUAUUGUAUGUUUUUCAGAAAGGAGGGAGAUUAAGUGCAGAAAUUAAUUAUUAUUAUCCAUUCCUUAAUUCCUCUGUGAUAGGAAGCUGAAAUUAGCUUUGAUUAGCUUAGAUUAGCUUUUAUUUUAUUUUAUUUUUCCGUUCUGUUUCUAAAAUGCUGCAGCCCCUGUCGUCUGUUGCACCAUUUGAGGUGGAAGGGAAAAGUUAGAUGAGCUAGCUAGCUACUGAGAGUUCUGAAACUCCUAGCGAUAUUUUUUAUGCUUGUUAUGAAGAAUUGGGCCAAAAAUCAUUGCAAAUAAACAUUAAAACAAUGGUAAAAUAUUGCUAAUCAUCAUUUUUACAAAAAAAAAAAUCCCCUUACAUUUCACCAUCUUACCAGUGAUUCUCAUAUCCUGAAUUUUGAAGCGUGCCUCUGAAAAAAAAGGGGUGGGAGUAAGUGGUAGGGCCAAGGGGUGAAAUGGGAUUGGGCCUUGGUAUACAGUGAAUAGUCCUAUUUGAGUAAUAUGGAAAGAACGACAAAGGUCAGUCAAAUCGAAAGUCAAUUUCAAGAACUUUAAAGGAAGUAUCCUCAAGUGCAUUCGCAAAAAAGACCAUCAAAAAUGUUAUAAUGAUGAAACUGGCACUAAUCAGGACCGCCCCAAGCAAGGACAGGAGUUACCAGCCUCAGAAACCACAAGUUAACAGAACCACAGAUAAGAGUAUUUUUGUUUGUUUUUAACACUUUUAAGUUACUUGAUAAGUUACUACAUGAUUCCUUAUGUGUUCCUUCAUAGUCUGAAUCACUUCACUAUUCAUUUAUAAUGCAGGAAAUAAAUAAAAUAUAAUAAAAACCAUGAAUGAGAAAGGUGUGUCCAAACUUUUGACUGGUACUGCACUCGUGAUAAAUGUAUUAAAUGAAGACGUUUGUUUUCUAAUCUCUCUAAAAACUCGCUUACAGACCAAAGACACACGUGAUAGUUCUAUUGCACUUCUGUAUUAUACUUUUGCAUAUAAAUAUAAAAUGAUUGUUGUUUUUGCUGCUUAUUUUGUUGAGAUUGCAGUACGCUGCGGUGUUGCCGUUUCUGGCGUAGCACUGUUCAUUUAUUGUAGCACGGUACAGAUACAGAUAUUUACCCAACUGUGAUAUUUGAUAUUUUAAUAUUUGAUACACAAGUGGAAUUCAAAGGCCAUAACUAAGCCAGAGUGCUUUAUAUAUGCAAAGCGAUUUAAUCUUAUUAUUGUUUUAUACUUUUUUGUUUUGUCAUAUAAACAGUAUUAAUAUUUUAUAUUGCACAUUUACAGCCAGCACUUAUUAUUGUUUUUUUCUGUACUAUGCAUUUGUACUAGUGUAAAAAAAAAUUAAAAAACACUUAUUUGUGUGAAUUGGUACCUUUAUGUACCCUUCAGUGUUAACCAGCGAAAUUCAAUCCAAAAUAAAAGCACAGUAUUACAGUC